GAGAGGCGGAUAACUUCGGCCGAGAUGUUCGAACGGCAGUCAUGCUCGUCGAUUAAAAGCGAAUGCACCAAGUCAACUGUUAUCGAAGAUCGACCGCUUUGUAAUCGCAUUUCGAGUAGCGGUUGCGCCGCUCGUCCCAAGAUCAAACAGUAGUGCUCGGCCGAAAUGAACGAAAUCGUAAUACCCCGUGAAAUCCGUAAAGCGUCCGUAAAAUUCGUCGUCGGCUUAAGACAAUUCUCGUCUCCGUAGUCAAGCAGUGCUCGCCAACCGAAGCUUUUAACGAAAUGAUAACUUCCGCAAAAUGUUGCCUACGUAAAAAAUAAUGCUCGUCUCUGGAAUAAAUACCGUGAUGAUUGUGAAUUAUUUUCCGUCUUACGAAUGAAUGAACGAGAUACGUUCAGUCAGUGAGCCGACACCGAGUGAAUCCGUUCGAUUUCUCGUCGAGAGCGAGUUGCGAUGGCGCGAGUGACGCGUCAAUUCGAAUCUCUGCGCUCAAGUUGACUUUAAUUUCACGUCGGGACUAAUUACUUCGUUAUUUCAAUUCAAUUUAAUCGCGCAGUCCCAAUUUAAUUAAGGGGACUUAAUUUGGGCAAUAAAUUUGGAUAAUAGAUUAAACAGCUAUCGCGAACAAUUCGAGUCGGAACGAAACUCGGUCGGGGUUUAUUAUAAACAAUCGGCGGUCGACCGGCGGCGUAAAAGCGCACGCGAGUGUAAUACAUAUUGCGCGGGAUAUGUGGGAAUAUCGAGGACGGAAUUAUAUUCGAUGAAAACAAUGAAAAUUCGAUGAGUUCGAACAUCGUCAUAAUAACCGAAAGACUAGAAUAGAAAUAGCACGCUCGGUUCGCGCGCGCGGGUCGACUGCGAUCAGUCGGGCGCAACAGUCGUCGUUCGUUAAUAAUCGAAGUAGGACGCGAUCUAGGUUACAUGCAAAUCGCCGGGCGUUAAUAAAUAAUGAAUAAAUCAAUAAACCGUGGAUUAAUUGAUGUGAUCGAUAAAUAAAAGUAAAAUUUAUAACAGUGACGCGAAGGAAGACUGGUCAUGAAUAAACUCACGUACGCGAAAUACAGGAUUAAAGAAUUAACAAAUGUACAGAUAAUCGUUUAAAAAAAAAGACAGCGGAACGUCUCGAGGACACUGAUAGUUAUUUCAGCGUGCGACGCUUCCGGUAACGAUCGUCAUGGAGGUUGAGGUUGUGCCGUUCGUCAACAGGAACACGAGCAGAAAGAACAUGCUACCGCAACGGGGUAGCAGGGUGCAAAUUAUUCAGAGGAGACGAACGUCGCUCUUCAUCAUCAUGAGCUUCAUCUACGCAAAGCUCCUCGUGGUCGUGUGCAUCGCCUACGUGAUAAGCGAAGUGGUAACGCACAAGCUGCCGCUCUACUACUACGAGGGCUUCUUCACGUACCUGUACGGCAUGAGUAUCCUGUUCCUGUUGUACGUUUUCUGCUUCCUCCUGCAAGAAAGCGCCUGCUGCGCCAGAGGCAGCGACACGCCGCCUCCGCCGCCGAGGCCGCCCAAGGCAGGCUGGGUGCCUAAAGAACCCAAGGAUAAGCUCAAGAAGAAGGACAAAAAGGAGAAGGAUCAAAAGCCCCCGAAGAACAAGAAGGAAACCCAGGACGCAGCCGAUGUCGAGGCCGGCGUGGCCACGCGGGCCCUGCGAAAGCGGAAAACUUCGCAGAACGACCACAGCCACGGGAGCUUCUUCCUCCGAAUCGGCGCGAUAGCCUUCGGACUGGGUACCAUGGUGUACAACGGUUUGGAAUUCGGCGCGUUCUUCGAGGUGCCGCCCACAUCACCCUGCUAUCAGAUACUGCAGGGCGUCAACCCGGUGCUGCAGAUGAUCUUUACCUUCAUGCAGAUGUACUUCAUCUUCAUGAACUCCCGAUUGAACAUCCACCGCUUCAAAGUCAUCGCCCGUUUCGGUCUGAUGCACGUGGUCGCCACUAAUCUCUGCGUAUGGAUACGCACUCUGGUUCUGGAGAGUCUCAAGGAGAUCACUCAGUAUCACAAAAAACUGGGUCAGGUUCAGGCGGGGAUCCUCGAGAGCAUUAAGCAGCACUCGAUGCGAAACGCCGGGGCGAUAUUGGGCACCGAGCCGCGCGAUAUGGCGCAAUUACGAGAGGCGCCACUCACCGCCUCCUCGAGAUUGACGACCAUCGGGCCGGGCAUCAGCCGAACGACCGUGGCUGCUCUGGGUCGCGUGAUGAGAACAACGGCGAGAUCGAUCGAGGACGCGGUCAUCACGCCGGCCUCCACGAGCGCUUGGACGACCUCGUCGACGACGACGACGCCGUCGACCACCACCUUCACGUUGCCCAAUCUGACGGCCAGCACGACCCUCUCCACUCUACUGACCACGUUCACACCGACCACCACCACCACCACCAGCACGACCACCGAGAGGAUAACUACUAUCCCGACUACAACCACCACCACGACAACCACCGCCAUGCCGUCGACCAGCACUUUCUCGUCGCUCAUUAUGGAGCUGAUGAACGCGCCGCAGGCUGACACGGAUAACCAAGUUCCGCAAACCUUCGACGUGAGCAAUCUGACGAAUAGCAGCGAAUUCUGGAGCCCGAAUUUGGGCAUCUACGCGGAAGCCUUGACGGAGGACGGCACGGUGUCGAACUCUUGCGGACGUGUCAACAUCAUGGGCACCAUCGUCCAGGACGCCGCGCCGUAUCUGUUCCCGUUUAUAAUCGAGUACAGUCUGAUCGGAGCCGCGGUGAUUUACGUCAUGUGGAAGCACAUCGGCCGGCACCCGCGUUGGCCUCACCAGGCCGAGGCGGACCUCGAACGUCGCCUGGAAGCUAUGCUGUCCCGAAGAGCCGUCGCUCUCGCUCAUGCAGGUCACGCUAGAGUCGAUUGCGUAGGAGCCAGCAAGGGUCUCUUCUUCGGGCUGCUGCUGCUGGUGGGUUCCUUGAUAUGCCUGAUCCUCUUCUUCGUGCUGAUCCAUCACCCGGAGCUGGGCCUGCUCGCGAUUUAUCUCGCCGACGUGUCCCACUGCGUCCUGAUGGCGCUCUCCAUCGUCGCCAUCAUCGUCGGCUUCAUCCGUGUGCAGAGCCUCAAGUUCAAGGCCGAGGAGCAGAGCGACCUGAACGACAUCCUGCUGCGCGUGUCUGCCUUCGGCCUUUUCGUCUACGCGGUCUUCAGCGUGAUCGCCGGCUCCUUAGCGGCGUUCACGCACGAGCCGAAUUUGCUCGUGAUGGUCACGGGACUGUUAUCGGUCGCCCAGGUGGUCCUCCAGAUGCUCUUCAUCGCCGACGUGUCGCGCAGGAGAGUCCACUUGCCGGAGCACGACCGCAGCAAGCCCGGCAGGCAGGUCGUCACGUUCCUGCUGAUCUGCAACGUGACCAUGUGGGUGAUUUACACGUUCGAGACGCAGAAGGUCAUCGCCAACCCGGUGCAGCUCGACUUCUACGGCUUCCUCGCCUGGGCGAUCGUGCAGAGGGUCACCCUGCCGCUGUGCAUCUUCCAUAGGUUCCACAGUGCCGUGACGUUCGCCGAGAUCUGGAAGACCAGCUACAAGGCGCGCCUGGAGUAGACGGAGAACCGUCUCUCGUUAUGGUCAAUCGUCCGGAGUGGUCGUCGGUUGGAGAGCGAGGAGAGAGCGAGCGGCGUCAGAGAGCGGUUCACUAGGUGCUCGACGAUCUCGACCACGUACAUCGAUUUCGGGUCUUGGUAAGAAGAAGCGAAUAACGAAGAGCGACGGGAAGGUGGGUUGCUCGUUAGAUGGGAGAACUGGCGAGGGAACGGAUCGGAGCCGGAAUAAUCAAACGUAUAUAAUAGCGUGUUCGAUAAUACGCCCCCGUUGCGCACGAAUGAAGAUCCACAGAUUGAUAUCCAAGUUAAGAUAAUUGUUAAGAAUUGGAAUUCCCAAGAAAUCCAAGUUGGAAGUCGGAGAUUUAUCUAGUUGAAGCACCCUCUAUCCGAAGAGAGACACUUGAGUGAUACGAUCAAGAUGUCGAUCUUGCAUCCUCGGAGAAGAGGAGCUUUAAAAAGCGGUUAAGUGGAACCAGACACGACGUCGUGUCGAGACUGUAUUCUUUCCCUUAUUUUCUUUCCUCCUCCACUUGUUCACUUCAUUUCGCGCGUAGUACACUACAUUUCCUCCCUUCUUCUGCGUUUUAUUCAUCUUAUCCCUCUUGUUCUUCAUUUCGUUUUGCACUGCGUUAUAGCGUUGGUCAGUAAGGUCGGCGCGAAGAGAGAGAGAGAGAGAGAGAGGUUACGGACCAAUGACGUCUGGACGAUCGACGACCCCGUGAAAUAAUUUGAUCGAUCGGGGAGGCUUUCUCGCCGAUUUCGGCGCAAACGAAGCACAAAGCAAGCAGAGUUAUUAGCGUUUUCACGAAAUCGCAUUUCCUUUCACCGCGUCUCUCACAUUUCUCAACACACACGAUCUCUAUAUACUGCCGCCAAAUUUUCUACUUUUAUAUGUAUACAUUAUAUAAUAUAUAUAUAUGUACCUUCGCCCCCCCUCCCCCCGCCCCUCCCCCUCGUGCAUCACGAGCAUCGUAGGCAAUUCGGUUCACUCGCGGGAAUAUUUGCAUUGUCGAAAGAAAGAGAAAAAAAAAAGGGAAAAGGAAGAAAAUUAUUCGGCGUUUUCUUGUAUUUCGCUCAUUACGGAUAUAUCGGAUCGCUGUGAUAUGCUUUUUGCGGAGACCUCGGUCGGCAUCGGCGACGAAUCUUCUUUUUUACAAUUCGUACGUUCACGAUGUUUGACUGGAUAUUUCGUAUUUUUAUAAGUGUCGUCGAUAUUAUCGAUAGUAGAGACGAGAUUAGCCUCUAAGUUUUUCACCGCCUUUGGUUUCGCACUCUCUGGUAUAUCUCACGAGACAUUAAUCGGCCCAGAACUGGAGCUCGAGUCGCGUCGAAUGACGGCGACUUCGUAUCUCCGUCGUGAUAUACAAUUCGUCGGGAUAAUUCUUACGAUCAAAGCCCGCGUCGCACGAUGCUUGGUUUUCACGUUAACUCGCAUAAGAGCUAGCACGCUAACUGGCACGCUAAUUAACACGCGAGUUAACGCGAUGUAAAUACCGUGUGACGCCGCACUUGAUCCUCGAAAACCAACAUUCAGCCAACACUCACGUCAGCACGCACGAUGGCAUAUUUCUAGUGAUUUCGAAUUUUGUAGCCGGCAUGCUAGCCAACGUGUUAACUAGUAUGGUGGCUCGCAUGCGAGUUAACAACAGAACAAGCAUCGUGUGAUGAGGACUUGAGUCACACAAUGAAACAUCUCUUUUUUUUUAUUAUCAUAGAUCGGUACCAGGUGCGCGCGAUACGUGCAGUCAACCGCGACUAAAACGAACGAAACGGUCACAGGAGAGCGGCGCGCUUCGCGAUCGAAGUACAGUUAAACGAAUCUCUCUGGAGACUCAAUCCGAAAUAUAAAUAUAAGUAAUAUAUAUAUAUAUGUAUACAGUAUAUAUAUGUGUAUAAUUUCGCGGCACACCGUUCGGACACACAUUUUCGCGCGUUCGAGAGAUCUCCGUCGUCGUUUCUCGCUGCGUGCCGCAGAGUACAAAAAUUGUUUCUCGACUCUUUUCGAAUCCUUUUACCCUUACACUUUUUACACGUUCGCGCUCUUUGAACGCACACGCCGUAGAAGACUCGCGUCUAUCGCGAGCAGCCCUCAGCUAUCGAUCUGCUGAGGAUCAACGAGGCGGAAUACCGCGUUCACGAAUGCGAACACGAACGAUUGUCUAUUGAGAAGUAGAAUGUAUUUUCGUUUCGCCGGGAAUUCCGAAUGCUGUACACUCGCAGGAGUGUGCACUCGGUUUCAACGCGGUUUCCGUUAGCCUCCCAGGUAACAGAAACUCCCAAAAGACGCUUUAACUUUUUCAGGAAUCAAUUUAUUAGAAAGAGAAGAAAUUGAUUUCAUGUUGACGUUGCAUAAAUAUGAUAGCUGUGAUCGCAUGACCAGACUUCUCUUUUCCUCGUGGGUUCUCACGGCGAACAUUUAUUCACAGUACUGUGCGUUACAAUCUUGCCGACAGUGUUGUAUGAAUUGAAAAUGAAAAGUGAAAGAUAAUUUAAUACAUGUGUAGAUUUUCAUAUCUUUUAAGACUUUCUGAGUAAUCUGGGUUUUUCGACGCAGUUCAACUGAUGUGAGAGAAUGGGAGAAUUCGUGUUCGAAUAAUUUUCAGGAAAUAACUUCUGUCAUUGGACAUCGGCUGCGAACUGCAUCGGUAAAGAAAAGUCUUCGAAACCGUAUUGAAACCAAGUGUACUCGCGAUCGUGAACGGAAAUUUAUGCGGCUAUGAUCGCGUGUACCGAGGCGUAUAUAUACGCGGAAUGGCGAAGCCGGCGAUGAGUUCGCGUCGGUAAAGGCUCGUUUCCAACGGAAAACAAUUCGUACGUGCUCGUCUUUUCAAUUACAUCCGACGCUACUGUACGGCCACGUCGCCCGGCUUGCGCGAGGUUUUCCGUUGCGAACAGCUUAAUUCUUUGAGGGGGCGAUGGUGCAGCUUCGAAACGUGCAACCUCACCGGAUCGGAUUUGCGUGAUUUGCGAUUUACGAUGUUGUACCACAAAUGGCUGCUGCCAUUUCCUGCGUGCGUUUCUAUGUUGGUGCGAUGUGGUUUAAUUUGUGAACUACAGUGCCUAAGUUUCGCCCUGGUACAGCUUCUCUUCAGGAGGUCCUGCGCUGAAAAUACGCUGACCUCCUCGGCCCCUGAAAGAGUUAAGAGAAUAUUCGGGGGUACGGUGGAAAGGGAAAGACAAUGGUAACAAUAAAGUACACGUGGACACAGAGAGAGGCAGAGAGAAAGAGAGAGAGAGAGAGAGAGA